CGAUUGUCCGAUAUUUUCCUUUGUGCUACGAGUCAUAAACCUGCGAACAAUUUCAAUAUUCUCUCUCUUUCGUUUUCUUCGGAAUCUUCCUUAUGAGUGGAACCCUAACUCUGAUUACGUACCUACCCAUUAUUUAAUUGGUUCGUUAUUUUAUUUGGGGUUGCCGACUGAACCAAUCAAUAAUUUGGGGUUGGAGGAAUAAGAGAAGUGAGAUGUUCAAUUUUUCGGUUUUUUGUUAGGGUUUCUUAUUUUGUCAUCAAUCCUCUUGUUUCUGGGUUUUUUGAAAUUAAUGCAAAUUUUGGGUCUGGCUGGUCGUUGCUAAAUCAAAUCAACGGGAAAAAAAAAUUGAUUUUUUCCUUCUGGCGGGUGGGAAAAUGGAUUUGGGGGUUUCUGAUGAGGUGUUAGGCACUUUUGUUCCAAUAGUAGUUUACUGGAUUUAUUCUGGGAUUUACGUUGUUCUGGGUUCGUUUGCUGAGAAUUAUCGGUUACACUCGAAGAAGGAUGAGGAUGAAAAGAAUUUGGUGUCUAAGGGUGCUGUGGUUAAAGGUGUUCUCCUUCAACAGCUAGUUCAGGCUGUGGUUGCAACCCUCUUGUUUGCGGUGACCGGAAGUGAUAGCCAAAAUACCAACAAUCAGAAAACUUCUCUACUUGUUUCAGCAAGACAAUUUAUUACUGCUAUGCUGGUAAUGGACGCAUGGCAAUACUUUAUGCACAGAUACAUGCAUCACAACAAGUUCCUAUACAAACAUAUCCACUCUCUACAUCACAGACUCGUUGUACCCUAUGCAUUUGGAGCUCUGUACAAUCACCCUGUGGAGGGGCUUCUUAAUGACACUGUAGGUGGGGCUCUAUCUUUCCUAGUCUCGGGUAUGAGUCCCCGAGCCUCCAUCUUCUUCUUCUCCUUUGCCACCAUUAAAACUGUGGAUGAUCACUGUGGGUUGCUACUUCCUGGGAACCUUUUCCACAUAUUCUUCAAAAACAACUCUGCUUACCACGAUGUACACCAUCAGCUCUAUGGUAACAAGUACAACUUCUCGCAGCCAUUCUUCAUAAUGUGGGAUCGAAUCUUGGGUACCUACAUGCCAUACUCAUUGGAGGAGAGGCCAGGUGGUGGUUUCGAAACUAAACCUUGCAAAGUUUACAAGGAUGAUUAACCUUUUUGCCUGAUGAGCAUUCUUGAUCGGUACUAGUAGUGCUUAUCCUUGGUAUGAGCAGCACUGCCUGAGUGUGAUCAUGCCUGUAUAUACAUAUGAUGUGUCCUAUUCUAUAUUUUUGUUUCCCUUAUGUUCAUACCAGAUAGACUUAAUAAAGGAAAUUAAGGAGCUACCUUACUUAUUACGGUUUGAUUUUCAACUUGUAUUGCUUGCUGUUAUAGCCAUACCUUGUAGCUUUGGUCUCAUACACUUGUUUAACUUGCUUACUCAUGCAAUCUUUGAUAUCCUAAUACGUAAUUUCUUUUGCGAAUUUUUUGUAUCUGGUUUUAUUUUCUACUAUAAAGGUCAAUUUAUGGCCUUACUGGUACGGUUAUGUAAUGAUUGUUGUAUCUGUAAAUGGACUUAUAUCUAAUCCUGUACACUGUGGAGCCCUCAAGUAUUUAUGAUUGAACGAGAUAGUUGUAUGUAUCCACUAACCAUUUGUAUUCUAG